AUGGCAUUGAUAAAAACCCUUUUAUUGUUGAAUUAUCAACAUGAAUGUAAAUGUGGCUUUGAUGAUGAAGAGAAUGAAAAUUGGUCUUUUGUAUUAAAUUCAAUUGAACAGUCUGAGUAA